AUGCACAUCCACGACGUACUUAUUGUUGGCGGCGGGCCAGCUGGUUUAGCAAUAGCAGCACGACUCCGUGAACAGACACCAUCAGCAACCUUCACAGAUGAUGAGCACCAACGGUACCAUUGGAUCCGGAAACAUGGCCGGAAGAUGAACAUCAAAAACUACCGAACAAAUAAGGACUCAUUGCCAACGCCACCCUCAACCCCUGGUAACUCAGACUGUGGUUGCGACCAUGAGACAUCAUCCGAGGAAGCAAUAGAUAUGCUGGUCCUUGAUGCAGAUGGAGCAGACUGGAUGUCCAGAUGGAAACGCCUGUUCAAGACUUUCCACAUUGAUUAUCUCCGAAGUCCAAUGUUCUUCCACGUUGAUCCCGCCGAUCGCGAUGCACUGCUCGGGUACACGUACGAGAAGGAGAGGGAAAAGGACAUCCAAGCCCUACCUGGCGUUGCCGGAAAGGAAGUUAGCAAGCACAAAAAGAAGAGGAACCUGAAGUCGCAAGGUCGAUUUCUAGGUCGCACACCAGAUGUUGAUGAAAGGGAUCGAAAAGACUACUUUGUACCGCGUACCGAUCUGUUUGACGCACAUUGCGAAGAGGUCGUCGAAAGAUACCGGCUUGGCAAGGAUCUGUUGAGGAAAGAGAGCGUCGUGGACAUUGAAUACGACGAGAUCUCGAAGUUUGACGAGGCAGAGUUCGGAAGUGUCAUCUCCGAUAGUGCGAUGGUGGAUGAGAAGAAAGUGUUCCGAGUCGAAACAGACCAAGGCGUAUGCUUCGCACACCUAGUUAUUCUGGCUAUUGGUCCUGGAAAUACGCCAUCAAUACCCUCCGUUCCUGGUCUACCUGCUCAACGUCCACACGAAGGAUUCGCCCACGCGAUGCAGAUCAAGCAGUUUCCACCACCUCAUGUAACAGCUAAAAUCAAGGCUCGCCAGUCGACCAGCAUGCUCAUCGUCGGUGGCGGUUUGACGAGCAUCCAACUCGCAGAUUUGGCGAUCAAACGGGGCGUCAACAAAGUAUGGAUGCUCAUGCGUGGACCACUAAAGGUGAAGCACUUCGACGUAGACCUAGAGUGGGUUGGCAAGUUCCGGAACUUCAAGCAAGCCGAAUUCUGGACGGCAGAUACAGACGAAGAGCGCUUUGAGAUGAUAGUGCAAGCCCGCAACGGAGGCAGUAUGACACCGCGGUACCGGAAGAUUCUUGAUAUGCAUAUCGCGCACGGGAAGAUCGAGCUCCAUACUUAUACCAAACUUCAAUCCGUAUCAUGGGAACAGUUCUCAAAAACAUGGGCCUGUGAGGUCUCUUCGACAGAAUCAAUCCUCAAGCUCCCGCCUGUCGACUACAUGGUCUUUGCAACCGGUAUCCAGUCCGACAUCCGCACCAUCCCCUAUCUUCAAAACAUCCAACAACAAUAUCCAAUUAAGUAUGUGGGAGGCUUACCAUGCCUGAAUGAAGACCUGAUGUGGAAUGACGAUGUUCCCCUGUUCGUGACAGGACGACUGGCCGGAUUGAGACUUGGGCCUGGAGCACCGAACCUGGUCGGAGCAAGAGUAGGCGCUGAAAGGAUUGCUUGGAACGUGGAUGCCGCCCUCAAGAAACUGGGCAAGCCCAUUAAUGAUGCGCAAGACGAGAGCGAUGACGAUAGUGACGACGAGAAGAUGGCUGCUUAUGCUGCAGCAAGGGACAAUCGAUUCGAUAGUUUGUUCAAGUUAGACGAUGCGGCAGCCUAG